AUGAUGUUUUCAAAGAGGAAAUCGAUUAGAUUUAAUCCAGAAGGUGAUUAUACAGAAUUGCCACGUGGUGGAUAUGUAGUACCUAGUAAAUUGGGAGGUAUUCAAUUUGGAGUACCACCAGAAACAAUUAAAGAUUCAAUGGCAUUGAAAAUCGAUGUACCAACAAUUUACGUUUUCCCUGAAGAAUUAUGGGAUCGUAAAACUGGUAUAAACGCAGCAGAGGCUGAAUUUCCAGCAUACUUUAAUUACUUUAUUUUAAAGAGAAAAGUUUCAUUCGUAUGCACAAAAGAACAAGAACAAAGAAUUAGAAUCGUAUUUCAAGAAACUUUAUUAGGACCACCUGAAUUUAAUACAGGUAUAAUUAUCAAUAGUAGUAGUAGUACAACAGAUACUUCAAAAACAUCACCAAUUAAAAAACAAACUUCAUCAUCAUCACCACCAUUAUCACCACAACAACAACAACCACCACCACCAUUAGUCAAACAACCAUCACAACAACAACUUGAAGAAUUAGCAACAAUGGAUACAUGUCAUUAUCAUCACCAUCAUCAUCAUCAAGAAGUUAAUGAUAAUGAUAAUAAUAAUAAUACAACUACAAAUAAUAAUAAUAUUGAAAUAUUAGAACAACAACAACAACAACAACAACAACAACAACAACAACAAGAUGAAGAUAGUACAGAUGUUGAUGAAGAAUUUCAAAAAGAAUUUUCAUCAACAUUUCCACGUAGUGAAAUUCCAAAUUUAGAGAAAGAAUGUAAAUAUUUGAGAACAUUUAAUUCUGUUGAUGAAUUAUUUGAUUUUAUAUUGUUCGAUGAUAAUGGUAUUGCAAAGUUAUCAGAUGAUGUUGAAAUUCAUUUUCAAGAGGAUCAAUCAUUAUUUAAAGUUUUACAAUUUGAAGAAACAGGUAAAGGUAAUAAAGUUCAAACAUUGGUUGCAACAAUACCUUCAAAAAUUUUAUUCCCUGAUAUGAUUAAUUCAAUCUCUACGAUUAAUGAUAAUAAAAUUUUUGAUCCACCAACUUUUGGUAUCACUAUAAUUGGUUCUUCACAUGGUUUUGAUCCAAAAAAGUCAACAACUGGUUUUGUUUUAUGGAUUAAUAAAAGAGGUAUUAUGGUUGAUCCACCAUUAAAUUCAAGUAGUUUUUUACAAAGUCAAGGUGUACCAACAAGAAUGGUAGAUCAUAUAAUUUUAACACAUUGUCAUGCAGAUCAUGAUUCAGGUACAUUUCAAAAGUUAUUAGAAGAAUAUCAAAUUACAGUUGUAACAACUCCAACCAUUUUAGGUUCAUUUUUAAGAAAAUAUGGUGCAUUAUCAAAUUUAAGCACUGACCUUUUACGUAGAUUAUUUAUAUUUAGACCUGUUAUGAUUGGUGAACCAAUGAUUAUAUCUGGUGCAGAGUUUCGUUUCUUUUAUACAAUUCAUACAAUUCCAACGAUUUCAUUUGAAGUUUUUUAUGGUGGUAAAAGCAUAUUUUAUUCAGGUGAUACAUGUUAUGAUCCAAAUAGAAUUAAAGAUAUGAAUAAAAGAGGUAUAAUGAAAACAUCAAGAAUGAAAUUUUUUUUAAGACCUUGGAAUCAUACGGUGGUAUUACAUGAAGCGGGUGUACCACCAAUUCAUACACCAGUGUCAGUGUUGAGGGCGUUACCUGAUGAAGUUAAGAAUCGAUUAUAUUUAGUACAUAUUUCAGAACAUACAUUGCCAGCAGGUAGUGGAUUAAAGAUAGCGAAAGAGGGCGUGGCACAUACAUUGUCAUUGGACGUCAUGAAAUCAUCACAUUCUGAAGCUGUAGAUAUAUUGAAAUUGGUGGAGAGUGUCGAUAUAUUUAGAUCGAUACCAUUGACACAGGCAUGCGAGAUAUUACAAACUGCAACCAAACGAAAGUAUUCCCAAGGCUCAGUUAUCAUUGCAAGAGAUACCGAGCCCGACGCAUUCUAUGUGGUGGCAUCGGGUGUGGUUUGUGUAAACAUUGGUGAGUUGAAAAAGAAUCUAAUCGUGGGCGACUACUUUGGUGAGAUGUCUUUGGUCAUGGGUGGAUUGCGUUCGGCAAAUGUUCAAGCAGUGACCGACGUGGAGGUGUUGUCCUUCAAUAAGGAGGAUUUCUUAUCUAUCACUAGAAAUAGCACAGAGUCAAUUCAAUUCAUCACGAGAUUGUGGGAGAUGAGAAAUGAGAAAUCUUGGGAAACAAUGUCUUUGAAUUCGGUUUUCUCAAGAUGUACAAACUCUCAAAAAACUGCAAUACAAUCCAUACUGGUUAGAGAGUUAAUUAAAAAGGAUGAAACACUUUGGUGCAAGGGUGAAGAGGCUUUAUUUGGUUGUUUGGUUGCUGAAGGAUCUUUUGUUUUCAAAGAGGAUGAUUCUUUGGAAUCUUUCUCUCAGGGUUCUUUCCUUGGUGAUAUAAAUGCUAUGACUACUCAACCACCUUCAAUUCAUAAAACUACUGUCGUAGCAAAAGAAGAAAGUGUAAUAUAUAAAGUUUUAUCUCAAGAUUUAAUUAAAUUCUUUUCAAAUAAUCCUGGUAUUCAAUUAGCAUUUCUUGAUACUAUAUUUGUUGAUGCUUUAAGAGAUCAAGUUCAACAACUUGUAAAUUCAAAAUUAACUUAUUAA